GUUAUGGAGCACCAAAUGGAAACGGAGGUCCUUACACUGGUUAUGGUGCUGCUGCUGGAGGGAAUGGAGCUAAACCCAAUGGUUAUGGAGCCGGAGCCGGACCAGCAGCUGGAGCAGGACUUAACAAAGGAUAUGGAGCUAAACCCAAUGGUUACGGAACUGGUGCCGGAGCAGGAGUUGGACCUGGUGCUGGAGCUAACAAAGGAUAUGGAGCUAAACCCAAUGGUUAUGGAGCCGGAGCCGGACCUGCAGCCGGAGCUGGAGCUGGAGCUAACAAAGGAUAUGGAGCUAAACCCAAUGGUUACGGAACUGGUGCCGGAGCGGGAGUCGGACCCGGUGCCGGAGUUGGUGCUGGAGCUAACAAAGGAUAUGGAGCUAAACCCAAUGGUUACGGAACUGGAGCCGGAGCGGGAGUCAGACCCGGGGCUGGAGCUGGAGCUAACAAAGGCUAUGGAGCUAAACCCAAUGGUUACGGAGCUGGAGCAGGAGCUGGAGCAGGUGCUAACAAAGGCUAUGGAGCUCAACCCAAUGGUUACGGAGCUGGAGCUGGUGCUAACAAAGGCUAUGGAGCUCAACCCAAUGGUUAUGGAACUGGUGCCGGAGCGGGAGUCGGACCUGGGGCUGGAGUUGGAGCUAACAAAGGAUAUGGAGCUAAACCCAAUGGUUACGGAGCUGGAGCCGGACCAGGAGUCGGAGCUGGACCCGAAGCUGGAGCUAACAAAGGAUAUGGUGCUAAACCCAAUGGUUACGGAGCUGGAGCUGGUGCUAACAAAGGCUAUGGUGCACAACCCAAUGGUUAUGGAGCAGGUGCCGGAGCUACCAAAGGCUAUGGAGCUAAACCCAUUGGCUAUGGUGUUCCAGCUGGUGUACCUAAUGGACAGCUACGGGAAGGGUCCAAAGGGUCCAGGUGUGUCCAACGAAAAGGGCCUAAAAGGUGGAGUCCCCGCUCCUGAGCAGCCGAGUGAAACACCUGAAGAGAUUUUUGCAACUCCACAGGAACUAACAGAGGACGUAGUACCUGUUGUCCCCGAGCCGACGAGCGGUAUCGUUGUCAUGGUGACGCAAGAGAAAUAUCAAAAGCAGACGCCACAUUUGACACCAGCAAAGAGCUACAAACAGAAACCCCAGUUCCCUCAGGCCACAGCAGCACCAGAACCAGAACCAGAAGCAGUACCAUAUGCACAACCAGAACCAGCGUUUCCUCAGGGGAAAGGCCCAAUGCCUGUAUUUGAACCCACACCUGAGCCAGGACCCAUAUAUCCACAAGGCAAGGGGCCAAAGACCUUCACAUCUGGACCUGCAGCAGAGGUUCCUGAGUCCCACCCGGCACCUGGUGUCCCUGAAGGUUUUGUGACUGCAACUGCUGUGCCUGAGCAAAAAGAGGCAGAGACAGAGGUUCUUGUGGAGAUAGACAGUGACAGUGAAGGGGAUGCUGCCCCUACGAGCACACAACCCCCCACUGUCACUGCAACAGUAGCAGCUAAAAGUACACAGAGUAUCACUCCUGAAGUAACUGUGGGUGUGCCUGAGUCCACACCUGAAGAAGCAAACCCCGAGAGUCAGCCUGAGUUUGCACCUGAAGUAGCAAACCCCAAACAUCAGCCUGAGGAAGCACCUGGCAGGGUCAGGGGCAAAGGUCUCCCUACAGGAGAAAGUGGCGAAACUGACAAUGGAGGAGCAGUCGGCAUCACCAAGGAACAAGGAGCUAAACCAAAGAAACCUGGUGCUGGAGCUGGCACCAACACGAAAGGUUAUGGAGCAGGAGCAGGAGUUCCAAACAACAGAAAUGGUGCUAAUCCCAACGGAAACGGUGCCAGGGCAGGGGGGGUUUUAAUUGGAGGAGGUAAAGAAAACAAACCAGGUUAUGGAACAGGAGGCUACAACGCCCCGGCACCCGGCAACGGAUAUGGCGCUGGUCUGGGAUAUCCUUAUGCCCGAAAACCUCAGCAACCUGGUUACGGACAGGGAGCUUACCUCGGAGCUGGAUAUGGAAAUCCAUACGGAGGAAAUGCAGGUCAGGGUGAAGCAGGCAAGCCCCAAUCCGGUCUUGGUCAAGGUGUACCCGCUGCUAAUGGAAAAUCAGGUACAGUUAAAGAUACAUACGAUUUAAGAGUGAAGUGA